GCAGAGCGAAAGUGAAUGUUUACUUCCUGAAAUUGCACCGAAUUAUCGAUUUUUCUAUUAAAAGUGAUGUGUUUGAAUAUAUAAAAAUGUGCCACGACUGUAUUACUACAAUAUAAAUAUUACUGUAGUGUUUUUUGGUGACCACAUUUCCUGCGAAGGUGCAUCCUGAAACAUGUCAUCGCCAUCAAAACACCGUUAUAAGAGGCAGACUUGGUGCAAGAGGCUGCUCCAUAAAAGGUUGCCAGUAACAAAAUGGCUGCCGGAAUACAACUCAGAGAAAGCAUUAGCAGAUUUCAUAGCUGGAAUCACUGUAGGUCUCACAGUCAUACCUCAAGCACUAGCGUACGCCACAUUAGCUGGAUUGCAUCCCCAGUAUGGGCUGUAUUCCUCUUUCAUGGGAUGCUUCGUUUACAUGAUAUUCGGGUCGUGUAAAGACAUCACACUGGGACCGACUGCUUUAUUAGCUCUGAUGACGUAUCAACAGAUUCAAGGCAGAAACUUCGACUACGCCGUUCUAUUGUGCUUCCUUACUGGAGUUGUCCAGCUUAUCAUGGGGAUAUUGCAUUUAGGAGUGUUGAUAGACUUCAUAUCGGUACCCGUGACUGUGGGGUUCACUUCAGCGACGUCUGUGAUAAUAGCAGUGUCCCAACUCAAAGGCCUACUGGGACUGCAGUUCAAAUCCGGAGGGUUCAUCGACACUCUUAAAAAGGUGAUAAUAAACGUGCCAAAUGCAAAACUAGCCGACAGUGUGUUGGGCGUAACAUGUAUUAUUACGUUAUUGCUAUUACGGAAAAUGAAAGACUUGAACUUGCCAGUGAGCCAGAAGGGACUGAAAAAGACUCUUUGGCUAUUAUCAACCUCGAGAAACGCCAUUAUAGUGAUAAUAUGCUCCGUAAUAGCGUUUGUGUGCGAGAAAUAUUACGCCGAGUCGCCGUUCAAAUUAACAGGCACUGUCAGACAAGGUCUUCCGUCCUGGACCGCUCCGCCUUUUGGAACUCAAAUAGAUAACAAGCCAGUGUCAUUCCUACAGAUGUGCUCGGACCUCGGCUCCUCCAUAGUCCUGGUCCCUAUCAUCGGGGUUUUGGGAAACGUGGCCAUUGCCAAGGCUUUUGCCAGCGGAGAGUCAGUAGACGCAACUCAAGAGCUGAUCACGCUAUCUUUCGCCAACAUCCUGGGGUCUUUCGUAGGCGCGAUGCCGAUCACAGGGUCAUUCUCCCGUAGUGCUGUGAACCACGCCAGCGGGGUAGCUACGCAAUUCGGGAACGUUUACACAGGAAUUCUAGUGAUAUUAGCCCUAAGUCUUCUCACUCCAUACUUCUACUUCAUUCCGAAGGCGUCGCUCGCCGCCGUCGUCAUUUGUGCUGUGAUAUUUAUGAUAGAAUAUGAAGUGGUAAAACCAAUGUGGCGGUCCCGCCGCGCCGAUCUUGUCCCGGCGUUCGCUACGUUCGCGACAUGCCUCAUCGUGGGCGUCGAGCUAGGCAUCCUUGCAGGGGUCGCUGUCAACGUCAUACUGCUGCUGUACCCCAGUGCAAGGCCCCAACUUGAUGCUGAGACAGUCACGACGAGCUCAGGCUUCAGCUAUCUCCUAGUGACGGUGGGCAACAGCCUGUACUUCCCAGGGGUGGAGUACAUCAGGCAAUAUGUGGAGAGAGCUGCCAAGAAGCAAGGCGGCUGCAGUAUGCCCGUCGUCAUCGAUUGCCGAUAUGUACUUGGCGCAGACUUCACAGCAGCGAAAGGCAUUUGCGCGUUGUCCAACUCGCUAUCAUCCCGUGGACAGCCGCUCGUCUUGCUCGCUCCGCGCGACAGUGUGACGUCAGUGUUCAGUGGAGCCGGCUCCAGUGUCGUCAUCGUGCUCUCUGCGAGCGAUCUCGACACCACACUACAAGAUCUCACGGGACAAAUUGCCCUGCCAGUACUAAAUAGCAAAGGUAACGGCACACCGCCCCCAACUUACGACUCGUUACAACAACUCGACGACGUACCAGAAGUCGUCAUAGCCGAGGAACCGAACAGGCAGCCUCUGCUGAACCAUAGCUGUAAAAAUGGACUGUCAAAAUCUCUCUCGACCGAGAGUAAAUUAAACAUUAAAAACAUUGGUCGUGGGUGAAUUAUUUUUUACGAAAUGGCAACGCUGGGUGGAAUGACGUCAGCUAGAAUGUUACAACAACAACUUUGAAGUGUUAGCUGUCACUUUUGAGCAUACCUGGUUUUCUUAUACCAUGAUAGGUAAGUACCAUUCCUACUUAUAUAAUGGUGUUACGCUAUUACAUACUAUGUAAACAGAGCAUCCCUCGCCAAUACUCGCCAUACUAUAAAAGAGGCUCACAUUCCAACAGAAACAUUUAAAGAAAGAAAUUAUUUCUCUUUAAAAAGGACGAUACACAAUUUUUCUGAUUCCAGUACACACAAUAAUGUUUAUUUAAAGUUAGAUCUGUCAUUUACUUAUCCGCCGAGAAGGUAAGGGGCGGGUGAUCGACCCGUCAAUUACGUCAGUCACGUCGUUUUAGGCAGAUUAUUAUUUAUCGCACCUGGAACUUUUUUGUUUUCACAAGACCUAUUCAAGUCUUGGUCAAAUUCGAUCGCCGGUAAUAAAAAACAAAAUGGCGGACAAACAAGAUGGCCGCCAUACAAAGCUUCAGCAGCGAGCGAACCACGCGAAAUCUAGUAUUAUUAUAUAUUAUUAACUAAGUUGCUACCUAUGUCGCUUCUCUUUAUUUUGAUCAGAAUAAUAAUUGGUGGAAGAUGUAAUUGUGCCUGGGUGUAAUAAAAAAGGAUCAUCAUUUAUAUCCAAAAACAAAGAUAAAAUUGCAUAUGUGUGUUAUCCAUGACAUUAGAAGGUUAAACGAAGAAAUAGAAACGAAGUACAGCGCCAUCUAUAUUGAUUUUGAGGAACUUAUUCUGGAAAGUCCUGAAUUUUAGAAAGACGCUUACUGUUUUCCCUAUAUGACGAAUAUGUCUCCGAUGGUAUUUUCUCUAUAUACUGUUCAAGUGAUGGGCAGUAAUUAGAUAAAAAAUAAUUGCUAAAUAUGAACUAAAAUAAUUCUUGUCGACAUUUUUCUUGUGCAAAGAUAAAAAUAAAUGUGGUUAGUGGUACGUGUGAUGUAGCUUAUAUAUAACAUAAUAUAGGUAAUUGGAUUUAAGAACAUAAUACAGGGUGUUGGUCACAUCGUAACGAAUACUAAAGGGGAUGGUUCAGGACAUAACUCCUGAUUUUUUUUGUGCUUUUUAAAUUUCCGUUCCAUACUUAUGCGACGGAAAAUUCCACUUGAUAUCAAGUCAGAAUCAUGGCCUAAAUCAUCCCUCAAGUUUUCGUUACGAUGUCACUAACAUUCUGUAUAAGCUCACGACUAUGUCCCAAUUGAGGUAGGCAGAGGUACAUCUUUAGUAUGGAUUUUCUCAAAAUACAAUAGAUCUUAUAGUUCGAUUUCAAUGAAACCGGACCAACUUUGAAGAAUGAACUAGGUACCCACACCUCACCGAGCUUUCAGUUUCAGUUAGACCAACGUGAAUAGGUGAGCCGUAUCGCCGUCUAUAAUCGUCGUGCUAACUGUGUUAGUGAAUUAAUAACUCAUUGGUGCAAGUCCGGUACCGGAAAUUAGAAACAUUUUAAAAUUAAACUGCAUAUUGGUGCUGAUGGAUUACAUAUAUGGAGUACAUACCAUCUAAUUUUAUUUUAAGUUAUAUCUGUCAUUUUCUUACCCGCCGAUAAGGAAAGAGACGGGCAAUCGACAGGCAUAAAAUUUAUGGAAUACUCAUGAUUGGUUGAGGUGAAUCAAGCGCGCGCCAAGCUCGUAUCGGCACGGACCAGAGUUAUAGGCGGAGUGUCCCUUCUUCUAUCGUGUGGGUUGUGAGGUGGAUUACCAACCCCAUCAACCCUGGUGUCAGGGUUACUAUUGACCCGUAAAGGCUAAUAACUUGCACCAGUAAGUAGUAACCGGGAUCAACGGCUUAACGUGCCUUCGGAAGCACGGAUCAUAUUAUAUUACUUUCGAACAAUCAGAUGAUCAGCCUGUAAUGUCCUAACAAUACUAGGGAUCACAAAGUGAUUUUUGUGAUAUAUCCCCACCGGGAUUUGAACCCGGGACCUCUGAAUUGUGAGCCGAACGCUAAACCACUGGGCCAUGGAGGCCGUUAGAAGUGUCCCUGUACGUAUUGUUAUUAUUUAUUUUAUAUAUGAGAGAAUGACACUUUGUUUAAGCAUUAAGACAGUCAAUAGUCAGAAACUUAUGAAGCUAGCACAAGAUUAGACAAAAAUAUAUACUAUCUUAAGACAUCAACGCACAUUUUUGAUCAAUAAGUUGUCAACUAAUCAAUUAAUAAUUAUUUAUUGCACAUAUAACAUUAUAAGACAAUGUGCUUUGGAGGUAUGUCUGUGAUCUAACCUGUAUUGAGCUGGCAUUAUUUCCCUUUUCUUCGCGGUUGGAAGGUCAGACAGGCAGUCGCUUCUGUACCAAACCGGACCUGUCAAAUCUACAGGUCUACCCGUGAAAACGGGACAACGCUAGGACAAUUCAAACGGAUAAAAUAAGCAGAAUAGGCGGCCUAAUUAUAAUAUUUAUAAAGGUUUCCCACAUGACAACUCUAAAACAUGUCAUCUCUAAUUUAAGAACCACGCUCUUGUCGGUGUAGCAUUAUUAUCCAUGCUACUUUUUUAGGGAAAAAUUAGGCAGUGGUUGAUCCUGCCUUCCGCCCCACAGUACUCAGCGUGAUGCGAAUGGGAUAGCGCCCAGGUUAGUCUAUUUCAAAGCCGUACUAGGACUCCUGUCCUCCGCAUCUGUAUAGUACUGACUUUUUCUACUGCCCUCUGUCAGGUCUAAAACUUGUAUUGAAAAGAAAAUCUCAAAUAUGCCGUGGAAAGUACACGGUGAAUAGAAGCCCAAUAUUAUUUCUUAAGCAUUAAAUAUUAAGUUGAAAUGUUACCUAUUACCUUAAGUGCUUAUUUUAUAUUAAAACUGCACGAUUUGUGAAUGACA